AUGGAUGGAGCUCCUGAGAAGCAGCAGGAAAAUGCCACCUGGCUGGUGACCGAGUUUGUGCUGGUGGGUUUCUCCAACCUCCCACACCUGAGGUACACCCUCUUCGGACUCUUCUUCCUCACAUACCUGGUCACCCUCAGUGGCAACAUCACCAUCAUCAUCAUCAUCCAGGUGGAUCGGACCCUUCACACUCCCAUGUACCGCUUCCUGGCGGUGCUGUUCCUCCGAGACCUCCUACACGUUGCCAAGUGCUUCCUCCUUACCCUGAUGGGCUAUGACCGCUACGUGGCCAUCUGCCACCCCCUGCGGUACUCGGUGAUCAUGAGACCCACAGUGUGUCUCCGCCUGGGAGCCCUGGUUUUCUGCUCCGGCUUCUCGGUGGCCUCGAUUGAGACCAGCAUGAUCUUCUCCUCGCCCUUCUGCAGCAGCAACCGCGUGGAGCACUUCUUCUGUGACAUCGCACCAGUCCUGAAGCUCAGCUGCUCCGAGAGCGCCGGCAAAGCGCUGGCCAUCUUCUUCCUGAGCGUCCUCGUGGUGCUGGUCUCCUUCCUCCUCGUCCUCCUCUCCUACGCCUUCAUCGUGGCCGCCAUCGUGAGGAUCCCCUCCGCCGCCGGCCGGCGCAAGGCCUUCUCCACCCGCGUGGCCCACCUCACCGUGGUCAUUGUGCAUUUUGGCUGCGCCUCCAUCAUCUACCUGAGGCCCGAGUCCGGGGCCAGGCCUGAGCAGGACCGCCUGGUGGCUGUGUUCUACACCGUGGUGACGCCGCUGCUGAACCCCGUGGUGUACACAUUGCGCAACAAGGAGGUGCGGGUGGCUCUGAGGAGGACCCUGGGGCGGAGCCGCGGGGUUUUUCAAUAA